AUGUCUUCCAAGGAGGGAAGAAGCAUGUCCCGUCUGUCUUUGACUCGGUCUCCAGUCUCUCCUCUGGCCGCUCAGGGAAUCCCUCUGCCAGCUCAGCUGACCAAGGCCAACGCUCCGGUCCACAUCGACGUCGGAGGACACAUGUACACAAGCAGUCUGGCAACGCUCACUAAAUACCCAGACUCAAGGAUCAGUCGUCUGUUUAAUGGCACUGAGCCCAUUGUGUUGGACAGCUUGAAGCAGCAUUAUUUCAUCGACAGGGACGGAGAGAUAUUCCGUUACAUCCUCAGCUUCCUCAGAACCAGCAAGCUGCUUCUCCCCGAGGACUUUAAGGAGUUCCAGCUGUUAUACGAGGAGGCGCGGUAUUACCAGCUGACGCCCAUGGUGAAGGAGCUGGAGCGGUGGAAGCAGGAGCGGGAGCAGCGGCGGCUGGCCCAGCCAUGUGAAUGCCUGGUGGUGCGUGUGACCCCUGACCUGGGAGAGAGGAUAGCCCUCAGCGGAGACAAGGCGCUCAUCGAGGAGAUCUUCCCUGAGACCGGAGACGUCAUGUGCAACUCGGUCAAUGCUGGCUGGAACCAGGAUCCCACGCAUGUCAUCCGUUUCCCUCUCAACGGCUACUGCAGGCUCAACUCCGUACAGGUCCUGGAAAGACUGUUUCAGAAGGGGUUUAGUAUGGUGGCGUCAUGCGGUGGAGGAGUCGACUCCUCCCAGUUCAGCGAGUACAUCCUGAGUCGUGAGGACAGGCGAUGUCAGUCUAUUCACACGCCAAUCAGAAUCAAACAGGAGCCCUUGGACUAG